AAUGGGAAGAAGUUACAACGAGAGGGGGAUUACAUUUUUUCAUGAAACUGAAAGGUAUGUAAACAAUCUUAACAUAUAUAACCGGUCGAAAAACGGCACGAACUUAUGGGAUGACCUAAUACAUUAAGUAAAUGAAUUUUGUACAGAUCAUGAAUGUAAUGUUUUUUUAACUUGCUAAAUUCACGAUUUAUUUUGUCAAGGAAACGUAUACAAUAUUAAUUUAGGCAAUAAAUUUUUAUAAAGUUUGAAGUACAUUUAAAAUCUUUUCUAUAUUUCUAUAACUUGGUAUACCCUCAAAACGAAUUCGAAUUAAAAUUUAAAAUAUACAAUGGAAUCAGCAGUACAGGAACUUGCAACUCAACCAAGUCGAGAAUCUAUUAGACAAAGCAUUAUGUUACGGCGAUUAACGAGAUUUGAAUCUGCACGAUGUAUGUAUAAUUUAUAGAUUAUAGGUAUAUAAAAUAUUAUACAUUACUAUGAGAGAGGAAGGUUGAUUUCACAUACAUAAAAAUGUAUAGGUGUGUAAACAUGUAUGUACUGCAACAUUAUAUUGAUCAAACAAUUAUUGAAAGCUAAUUUCAUAUAUGUAUGUAUGUAUAUAAAAGACUGUAAAUAAAAUAUAGUUUAUCAUAUAACUUUUAUGUAAGAGAUACAAAAAUAUAAUGGCGCAAUUGCCAGUUUCAGAACCAACAUUGUUGGAGAAAAGACUGUGCGAAAUAUUUGAUAUAUUUGAUACUGCAAAGACUGGUGAAAUAGACGUUAGAGAUUUGGGAACCAUUAUUAGGGCAUUAGGAUGUAUUAUCACCGAAGCAGAAUUACAAGAAAUACAAGUUGAAGUGGAAGAUGUAGUAAACAAUUGUGUGCCAUUAAAUAAAUUUCUAGAAUAUAUGUCUAAAGCUAUUAAUGAACGCAAAUUUAAACCAGCAGAACCAGAAGAUUUAUUAAAAGCUUUCCAAUUAUUAGAUCCCGAAAAUCGAGGGUAUAUUAUGCGAGAAGAUCUAGAAAAAGCAAUGAUGGAAAUUGGAGAACCAUUUUCAAAGGAAGAAAUAAGUAACAUGAUGGCUAUUGCAUGUGAUCCACAAACAAGAAAAAUUAAUUAUGAACAUUAUAUUAACUUACUGCUCGUAAAAAUACCUGAUGAGAUCAAUGUAUAUUCCAUUAUGGAUGCAUUGGAUGCUGCUAAAUUAGAAGUCAUGCCUAAAAAACCUAGAUUGGACAGUCUUUUAUUAACUUACCAGACACUUGUUUAA